AAAAUAUAAAAACAUUAUUGAAAUUUUUAUUACUAGGAUAUAAUUGAUGCGACAAAACCCAAAAAUGUGUGCAUGCAACCAACACAUCCGAUGCCAUAUAUUCCGGGCACAGGUAUGAGUGAGGACUGUCUGGUGCUUAACAUAUGGACAACAAAUACCACAGCAUUAAAGCCAGUGAUGUUUUGGAUACAUGGAGGAGGACUUGCAGUAGGAUCAAUAUUUCAAACGUGGUUUAAUGGCAGUGUUUUGGCCACACAUGAUGUGGUGGUUGUGUCCGUCAACUAUAGGUUAGGACCGUUUGGGUUCCUAUACGGGGAUCGGGAGGACGCGCCCGGAAAUGUCGGCUUUUAUGACCAGUUAUUAGGCUUGAAAUGGGUAAGAGAAAACAUCCACACAUUUGGCGGAGAUAGGGAUCAGAUCACCAUUUUUGGUGAGAGCGCUGGGAGUUGGUCGGUGUCCGCACACAUACUCUCCCCGCUAUCAAAGGGUAUGUUUAAGAGGGCUAUUAUGGAGAGCGGCGCCAAUAUGUAUAACAAGGACAGAGAAGUGGUCAACAAAACCGAAGCCAUGGCUUUGGGUAAAAAUAUAGCGAAACAAUUGAAAUGCAAUGAAACCGAGGAUUGGAUACAAUGUCUGCGAAGACCGGACGCCAGGGAUAUACUCAAAUAUGAGAACCCAAUCGGCACUUACCCGGUGUUUGGCACAGAGUUUUUGCCCAUUUUUGCCCGACAAGCUUUCAAUGAAAAGAAGUUUAAUACAGAUAUUGAUUUAAUCGCUGGCAUCAACCAAAACGAGGGCUCAGCAUAUGUUUAUUAUCUCGUUAAAGACCCUAAUCUUAUGACACUCGCCGACUUUCAUAAGGCGCUAAACGCACUUGAUCAAUUUUGUUAUCACAACGUCAACGUACAAAAAGUGACGGAAAGUUACCUGAAAGGUGUCAACACUAGCGAUAGUCAGUCACUUCGCACGGCUUUAGGCGCAGUAAUUGGCGAUAUAAUGCUCGGGUGUCCGACAUAUAUGUUCGCCAAACGGUUCGCACAAACUGUCAAAGAGUCGCAAAGGGUUUACUUUUACGAGUUGUUGUACGCGAGUAAUUAUUUUGCUAAGCAAAUGAAUUGCGAUGUAAAGACCAUGGGCAUUUGUCACGGCAUGGAUUUGCCAUUUGUUUUUGGUCUACCAUUAAUUAAUCCCAACGAUUACACCACAGAAGAUAAAUAUUAUAGUAAUGUAGUGAUGAAAAUGUGGGUAAAAUUCGCGACCAAUGGUCAUAUGGACACUGAUUGGCCGCAACUGUUAAACGAUGAGCCGAUGGGUGCGCCCAAAGUCCACGGUUUAGAUCCCAAAGACUUGAGCCUAGUAUUAAAAGACCCGUUUCAUGAAACUUGUGAUGGCGUGUGGGCCGACUACUUCCUAUAA